AUGGGAUACAAGGAAGGGAAGGGUCUGGGUAAAUUCGGACAAGGCAGAACAGAAAUAGUGGAAGCGUCGAAACAGAAAGGACGUCGUGGUUUAGGAUUAUUUCUAGAUGGACUUGAAGCUGAGGAUGUGGAAUGGAAUUUUGAUUUGGAAGAGAUUAUUAUAGAAGAAACUGUUGACUGGCUACCUAAAUGUACCUUACCAAUUCCUUCCCUUGAGGAAAUGUUAGAAUGGAAGAUCAUUGGAAAAAAAAAAAGGACUAUAGAUGACGAAGUUCAUUUUAUAUCAGAAAAAACAUUGAAAGGAAUAAUAAAUGGCAAGAAUGUGUUUGAUAUUUUGGAUGCAGAAGAAAUGAGAAGAGCUAGAACCAGAUCCAAUCCUUAUGAAACUAUUCGUGGUGUGUUCUUUCUAAACAGAGCUGCAAUGAAGAUGGCCAAUAUGGAUGCUGUGUUAGAUUUUAUGUUUACUUCGCCUACAGACUCUUAUGGUAACGUUUUGCUGCCACCAAAUGAAAUUCUAUAUUUUGCUGAUAUUUGUGCUGGCCCAGGUGGUUUUAGUGAAUAUGUAUUAUGGAGAAAGAAAGGGGAUGCUAAAGGAUUUGGAAUGACCUUAAGAGGUCAAAAUGAUUUUAAAGUUGAAGAUUUUUUUGCUGGACCAGCUGAAAUGUUUGAACCUCAUUAUGGUGUAGGUGGAAUAAAUGGAGAUGGUGAUAUUUUUAAUCCUGACAACCAAGCAGCUUUCACAAAAUUUGUAUUGGACAGUACAGACGGCCUUGGUGUCCAUUUUGUCAUGGCAGAUGGGGGUUUUUCUGUGGAAGGCCAAGAAAACAUACAAGAAAUUUUAUCUAAACAGCUUUAUCUAUGUCAGUUUUUAGUAGCUCUGUCUAUAUUGAGAGAUGAUGAUGAUGAUGAUGAUGAUGAUGAUGAUGGUAGUUUUGUAUGCAAACUAUUUGAUUUAUUUACUCCCUUCAGUAUGGGGUUGGUAUAUCUAAUGUAUUUAGGAUUUGAUUCUGUUUCUAUCUUCAAACCUGUUACAAGCAGACCUGCCAAUUCUGAGAGGUAUAUAAUAUGUAAAAAUAAAAAAGCUAACAGCGAAUCUAUCUGUGAAUAUAUGAGGAGAAUCAAUCUAGAUCUGUGUAAAUAUUUAACAGCUAUCUCUACGGAAGACGUGACAGAAAUAGUACCGUUAGACACAAUGAAAGAUGAUAAAGAUUUCUUCGAUUAUAUGUGGUUAUCCAAUGAAAAUAUUGGUAGAAAACAAAUCAUUGGUUUAAAAAAGAUUCAAGCAUUUUGUCAAAAUCAAGAUUUGUAUGAGUUUAAACAAUCAGAUAUCAGAACUCAAUGUCUAAAAUAUUGGAAGGUACCAGAUGAAGUUAGAAUGGCUCCCACUUACAGAGAUCCUACUGGAAAAUUCAAGGAACUUAUUGUAAGUGAAUCUGAAGACUAUAUCACCCACAUACCAACCAGUCUAGAGAUGAGUAAUUUAUCACAGAUUAAGAGUAUAUAUGACUAUAUGUGUACUGUCACUGGAGACCAGAAACGUUAUUAUUUAUUAGGUUUAGGGAAAUCUCAUGUGUUCAGAUUUGAGAGAGGAAAAUGGAUGAAAGUUGUAGAACGUAUUGAAUUACCCAGUAAAACUUUGGUAGAGGCUGAAACAGUUCAAGAAUUAAGAGGAGAAGGUAAAGGCCAGCGUAGAAUUCAGACUAUACAUAUACUAGAUGCUGUAUUUCUCUGUGGUAAAGAUGUUAGAUCCUUACAUUUUAAAGAAAGAUUACGCAGUUUAGAGAAGUUUGUAAAAGCAGUAAGGAAACCAAGUAGAUCUGAUUUAGCACCCAUUGUAGUAUCUCAUUAUUAUAAACUAGAUGAAAUUACUCAGAUAUUUGAUAAGUUAGAAUUUAAGGUUGUGAAAGGAAGCCAGGGCUGUGCCAGAUUAUGUUAUAAAACACCAGACAACAGUUACUUCCAUCCACACAGUGUUUAUUUUAUCAAAACUGUCAAAGAACCAUGGAUGAUGGCAAUGAGUAAAUCAUCCCAGAAGAAAUAUUUCUAUAAUACAGUCACCAGAAAGGCUGAAUAUCAGAUUCAGAAAGAUAGUAUUGCCACCACAAGAGACAGCAAGUUGAACAGUUUACAAUGGUUCUGGGACAGGGGUGUUUGUGUUCAUGACAGUCAAGAACAUACAGAUUCUUCCAAAAUAUCCCGAGACUCAAUCUUAGAUUUCGUUAAUAAAAUGAAAUGA